AUGGAUCCAAGCUCCGCCGCGCUCGAUCCUUCCCGCACAUCCCGCCGAUCACCCAGGCUGGUUGCCUUCUUCGAGAAGACGGCGGAGGAGCCCAAUGCUUUCGUGGAGGCGGCAGAGCGAGGACGCCGCCUCCAGAAGCGUCUGGUUCCGAACACUACGCUUGACGAUUACCGAAGGGGCCGUAUGAGCCAGGAGAAUAGAGCCCCCGUCGCCGCACCUCGCUGUGACUCUGCCUCAGGUUGCUCAGAGGAGACCGCUUCUACGGGUAAGACGAUUAAUACCCAACAUGAAAAGGACGACGGCAAAUCCGAUGAAGCCGAUGAAUCACAAUUAGACCCUCAAGGACUACCAGAAUAUUUUGGCGCGAUCCUCCGUGACAAGGAGCCAUGCGGCUAG